CUCGUCUACCGUCUAGAGGUUUCCCCCUUCCCCAGAACCAGAAUUUGUUUUUGUUUUAUAAUUUUUUUACUAAAAAUGAUCUGUGGUUUUAUUUUAUGUUUUGUUUAAACCAUUUAUUUUGAUUUUAUUUAUAAAGAUGAGCAAUAUAAGCGAAUGGUCUCAAUCAGCGGAAUAUUUGAGUUUUCGCAGCAAUGUACCUUUGAGACGGAUCGUAGUUGAUUCCGAUGAUUCUAAGGGUUGGCGCAUAUACGACUGUGGUCCUAAAUCCGUUCAAAGCCCUUUGGUGUGUCUUCCUCCUGUUUCCGGCACAGCCGAUAUAUUUUUCCGGCAAGCCUUAGCUUUAUCUGCAAGGGGCGUCAGGGUUAUUUUAGCCGAGGCACCGCCUUAUUGGUCCACCAAAGAAUGGUGUGACGGUUUCAGAAGACUUCUCGACUACCUCAAUCUAAGCAGGGUACAUUUAUUCGGUGCUUCGCUAGGUGGUUACUUGGCUCAAAAAUUUGCCGAAUACACUUGUUCCUGUCCAAGAGUAGCUUCCAUAUCACUUUGCAAUAGUUUUUCCGAUACUAGUAUAUUUAGGGGAAACGAAAGUGCAGCUCUAUAUUGGAUGUUGCCUGCAUUAGUUCUGAAGAAAAUGUUGAUGUCAAACUUUGAACCUGAACCUGCUAAAGAUUCAGAUACAGUAAAAACUAUUGAUUUUAUGGUUGAAAAGCUGGAUAGUCUUACACAAAGUGAACUAGCCAGUCGUCUUACCUUGAACUGCAUUAGGGGCUACGUAGAGGCUCAUAAACUAAGAGAUCUUCCUGUGACAAUCAUUGAUGUUUUUAAUGGGGCUCCUUUAAGCUCCCCAGUAAGGGAAGAAUUGUACAAAUGCUAUCCACAAGCUAAAUUGGCUCAUUUGAAAACUGGAGGCUAUUUUCCAUUUUUAAGUCGCAGCGCUGAAGUGAAUUUACAUUUAUUGAUUCACUUGAGGCAAUUCGAUAAUACUCCUCUUGCUUCAUCAGAAAAGCCAUUGAUAAAUAACUCGCUUCCAGAUUCCUGAAAAGUUUUAUAUUUUUGAUUCUCAGAAUUAUAUACUUAAUGAACUAAUCCUGAUGUAUAAUUUUUCAAACAAAUAUUUUACUGGCCUACUUACAUUUCAGGAAUGUUGUAUUCGUGAUAUUUUAUUUUUUUUAAGACAAUAAUAACAUAAAUUAUAAUAUGAAUUUCAACUUUCAUUAUAAAUCAACCAUAUCAGUUAGGUAUGUGUGAAACUAGCCUUGUUAUAUAGACCUGGCCAGCCUACUAGACACAAAGGCUUCAAUGGGACCAGUUUACUGUUAACCAUUUCACUGCAGGAUCGUCACAAUGGACCAUUGAUUGUCCGUGCCUGUUAUGUGUGCAUCUUCGGCAGUUCGGGUAUAAGCUUAUUCCUUAUUGCUCCCUAUGUGUCUAGUAAGUUGGUCUGGUCUGUAUAAGUAAAUCAUCAAAAAUAUUUACCAAAAGGAAACACAUAAUAUUAAAUAAUAAUUCAAUAUCUUUAAACUUACCAACUUUUAGGCGAUUACCAAAAGGCAGGUUGAAUUUUACUAUUUUAUGGUUUUGACUGAUUUUUGAAAUAUUUCCAAAAGUGGAAGACUGAAAAUUCAAGAAGUACUUAUCCCUUCAUUAAUAAGUCUCCUUGAACAAAAAUGUGCAAUAAUUACUUAUAACAGGGUAUAAGCGUUUAGGUAUUUCUCCUUCAUGUAGAAAGAUUCUGCGUUUCCAUACAAGUUUGUAACAACUCCGAAGGUUUGAUUAUUGCUUGAAAAAAGGUAAACAGAAUGUAACAUAUAGAAUAAAUUCACUUUAUGCUUACUAAUGAUUAGUAUGGUUUAAAAAAAUUUAUUCGAAAACUAUGCACCAAUUUCUAAUUUCAAACUACCUUAACCCGAGCCUUAGCAUUUUUAGAUUGUCUGCUUAGAUUUUUUGUCAUUUACAUAUUAUUUUCUAAUAGUUUUAAGGAAUUGUGUAUUUUUUCUCUACAAUCAUAUUAUAAUCUCUGAUUUCUUAUUUUAACUUUGCUUAUAAGAUUUUUGAAAGCCAGAAGAAAAAGUGUUUGCGUUCUUUAUGUCUAGAGUAUGACUGUAAAUCUAAUAAUAUGUCAAAAUUUAUUGUAAAAUUUUACAUUAUAAAAUACUUAAGUAUCCUAGUCUAAGAUAUAUUUUGUGAUACCCAAUAUCAAAAAUCCUAAAAAUAUAUACUGUAAAAAUAAUUAUAAAAUUGUAUUCAUCAUAAAAUCCACUAAAUUGUCAAUUUUUCAGCCUUACAAAAUACUUUUCCUCCAUUCUG